UGUCAAGUUGAAAUGUCCAACGGUAGGUAUUUGAGCGAGUAUUUUGCGCGAAAAAUUAAUUAACAGUUUGUUUCGGGCGUGUUGUGGAUCUUUACUUUACGUGGUCGGUAUUCUAUGUUGCGGUUAUUGCUUUUUGAAAUGUUUACAAUGCGGAUGAUUAAACGGUUUUUAAGGUCCAGCGAAUUCGUAGCACUUAUCGCUAUAUUUGCAACGUUCUUCUUAUUACUGCAUACGAGAGAUCUUCAUUCGAGAUUAAAAGAAAUGGAGAAUAAACUUCAACCAGAUGAGCUGUCCGGUCCACCUUCUAUGGUGACAGGAGAAAGUGGAGUUUCCUCAGUUACUUCAAUAAUGCUGCAAUUGGCCGAAUCUGGGCAGAUGGUCAGCGAUGCGUAUUCGUUGAACAAUACGAGAAAAUCUUUAAAAGACAUGAUGUUCUUUAAUCGCGUUCCAAAAGUGGGAAGUCAAACUUUCAUGGAAUUAUUACGACGGUUAUCUAUGGUUCAUAAGUUCGAGUUUUACAGAGAUAAAAUGCAACGUUUAGAAACGAUACGGUUGCCACCUCCAGAACAGCUCGGAUUAGCGAGUAUGAUUGACAAUUACCAAGCGCCGGGUGUUUUUAUUAAACACGUUUGCCAUAUUAAUUUCUCCAGUUUCGAUUUACCCGAUCCGAUUUACAUAAAUGUUGUUCGAGAUCCGGUCGAAAGAGUAAUUUCAUGGUAUUACUACGUAAGGGCUCCUUGGUAUUACGUAGAAAGAAAGCAAGCGUUCCCCGAUUUACCGCUACCAGAUCCGAUGUGGUUGAAAAAAGAUUACGAAACAUGUGUAACUAGUCAUGAUAAAGAAUGCCAAUAUAAUCAAGGCGUCACUAAAGAGGGUAUCGGCGAUCACAGAAGACAGUCGAUGUUCUUCUGCGGCCAUUCGGAAGACUGCACGCCUUUCAACUCAGCCGAGGCUGUGGAAAAAGCGAAAAGAGUGGUGGACGAACAAUACGCCGUCGUCGGAGUAUUAGAAGAUAUGAAUAUCACGUUAACGGUGCUAGAGCACUAUAUUCCUAGGUUUUUCAAAGGUGCUGCCGAUAUUUAUUAUAGUCAUAUGGAAGAGUUCCGUAGAAUAAAUAAAAAUAUCUAUAAGCCUCCAGUAGGCGAAGAAAUUAAAGAUAUAGUUAGAAAGAAUUUUACUAGAGAAAUCGAAUUUUAUCAGUUUUGUCGCCAGAGGCUACAUAAGCAAUUUUUAGCAUUGAAAUUACCAUAAUAGUCAGCGGAGAAAUUAAUUUUUUUUUUUACCAAUUACGUAUUUAUGACUUUUUAAAAAAAGUAAAAUGAAUUGUUAAUGUCUUUUUUUACGUUUUAUUGUAAUUUAUGUUAAAUUUUUUCCAAACGUUUUGUACAAAUUGUAAAUUUUGUUAAUUAUCUUGUAUGAAUUGAUUAUCGUGCAUUGUGUUAUGUAAGAUUCAUACAAAAUCACUAUCUAAGAAGCUGUGAACGUUACCUUGUGCAGAGUUGACAUAAUUAUCUGUUACGUAUUUUGUAAAGCUUCCGUUUUUUUUCCUUUUUUUUUUCAUGCGUUGUAUAAUUUAAAUUGACAACAGUUAUUUUAUUAGGAUCGAUUAAUUUUAUUGUCUAAAAAAUUUAGGGAUGAUUGUUUUUUGCGCUUUGUUAACUUUUUUUAGAGUAGGGAAAAUUUAAAAUUUUUAUAUUUAACGUGAUUCAGGUGAAUUUACUUCCUUCUCUCGUCAGUAUUUAUCUAGCUCGAUCAUUCUGGGAAAAUUGCAACCGUUUUAAUGCCCCAGUCCCUUUCCAUGUUCAUCAUCCUGGGAAAAUUUUGAUUUUGCAGAAAUAUUUAUUGAUGCAAAUUCUAAGUGAUAUUGAGCUUUGAAUUGUGAUUUUUGGAUUUAGGCUUCAAAAAGCCCCAAAGAGGUGUUUCUGAGUAAAGUACUUCUAUUGCGACAGUUUUUCCUAUUUUUUUGUGUGCACUGAAAAUUUUUUAAAAUUAUCAACCUUUCAGUUGAUUGGGCAGGAUAAAUACUGAAAUACUGCAUUAGUGUAAGAAAUGGUCGAGUUGACUCUGAUACACUGAAGAUCAAGUGGUCGCCUCUUUACGACCAACUUCGAAAAAAAAUGAGAUCAAUCAUCCCUAAGUAUUUAAUAUUUAAAACAUUGCGUAAUUAUUUUUAUUAAAAUUUGUAUCGAAUCAUUUCGGUAACUUGAGUUUUUUUUGUUUUUUUUGUACGAAUAUUGAAAUGAAAAUUAGCGAUCAGUGUGCCAAAUUCAAUGUUUUUUUUUUCGCAGACAUUCGUUAUUAUUUAAUGUUGAUCUCAUUUGAAAGCAUUCGUAGUAUCACUGCAUAUUGUAAAAAUUAUUGAAAUUUUUUGUGUAUUGUAAUUAUUCUAUUUAAUAAUUAUUUUUCAAUUUCCAACUUCGAGAAAUGUAUAAAUCUUGUAUUUUUUUUCUUUUUUUUUUUACUUUUCAUAUUUAAAACACAUUUACAUUUCAUUGUAUGUAAAUUAUACUGCAUUUCUAUUUUUUAUUUAUUUAAUUUUUAUAUUAGUAUGUUCCUUUUAUAAUUAAUGAUUUUGACACGCGUGAAGUGAUCAUAAUGUUGUGUUACGUUACGUGAACAAAAUGAACUCGUCUUUUUGUUAUUCAUUCAAUUCGCCACUCGCCGGUGAUUGAUCGAACGAUGUUCGUUUUGUUUCGAGUUUUAUUUCUAGUGUAUUUCAUUUAAAUACCCACCAAAGCUGAAGAAUUGUAAAAAAAAUAUGAUAAGUAUUUAUAAAACAUGCUGUAUAAGUAAAUAUGUAAGCCAAUUUCGAGUACUGUGUUACGUAUUUGUUGAAAUGAAUAAUAAAUUUUGUUUUUUAGUUGCAUUUUA